AUGGCAGGGAUUAAUCACUGGUUAGUGCAGCCACUAACUACUUGGUUUAUUUGGAAAGCCAGGGGCAAUUACAUUUUCAAAAAUGAAUCCCCAGAUUAUAACAUUAUUACAUCAAAAACAGUCGCUCAUGCCAGGGAAUUUUUUUCUUCUUUCUCUCCUUAUGCAGGUAGCAGUCAUAUACCAGUGAGCUCAAGACUAGAUGCAGAAGCUAAAGCUUUAAUUGUGGCAUUACACACCAUUGGCAACAAUAAUGUCACAAUUCGGCAUAUCUUUCUUUCUUAUUCAGAUCUUCUUGUUGCUAUAAAUACUGAGAAUUAUCAGAAUGCUUGGAGAUCUGAUCCUUGGAUUAACAUUUUUCGCAAUCUUCCUGUUUCUAUUAGUGAUCCUAAGAUUCAUAUGAUCCCUAGGAGUCAGAUGGCUGUUGCUCUUAAACUAGCCACACAUGGUUCCAACCUUCAUACUAUUACUUUGUUCCACCAGAGUCGUGAUCUUCCUCGAUGAAUAAUGAAAACUUUUAUGACUAAUAACUUCAAAGUGUCUUAAUUAUUUGUUGUUCCCUCUUUUCAUU